AUGCCCGGCAGAACGACCUCAGAAGACGUCCCCAUGGACGAGGCGCCCACGUCUUACCAGCCCGAAGAGGAGGCCGAGGCCCAGGAUGAGUCGCCCGAGCAGGAGGAAGAGGAAGAGGAGGAGGAGCCCCAGCGCGUCAAGAUUCUGCCCGGCUCAACAGACACUGCCGCCUCAUUCGAGUUCAUUGACGAGGGCCACACGCUCGGGAAUGCGUUGAGAUUCAUCAUCAUGAAGAACCCCGAUGUAGAGUUCUGCGCCUAUGCCAUUCCCCACCCCUCAGAGGCCAAGAUGAACAUCAGAAUCCAGACCUAUGACGGUACCGCCGUCGCGGCUCUGCAAAAGGGCCUCAAGGACUUGCAAGCCCUCAGCGACACCGUCGCCGAGGAGUUCAUUCGCGCCAAGGAUGAGUUUGGCCGUUCGUAG